ACAACAGCUGCCCCAGUAGUAACCACAGCUGCCACAGCAUCACUGCCCCAGCAUCAACCACACCUGCCCAAACACCGCCCCAGCAGUAACAACAUCUGCACCAGCAGCAACAACAACGGCCCCAUCAGUAACAACAGCUGCCCCAGCAUCAACCACAGCUGCCCCAGAAGUAACGACAGCGGCCCCAGCAGUAACAACAGCGGCCCCAGCUUAACCACAGCUGCCCCAGCAGGAACCACAGUGGCCCCAGCAGUAACAACAGCUGCCCCAGUAUCAACCACAGCUGCCCCAGCAGGAACCACAGUGGCCCCAGCAGUAACAACAGCUGCCCCAGUAUCAACCACAGCUGUCCCAGCAGUAACUACAGCAGCCCCAGCAGUAACCACAGCUGAACCAGCAGUAACCACAGAUGCCCCAGCAUCAACCUCAGCUGCCCCUGCAUCAACCACAGCUGCACCGGCUGUAA